AUAAAAUCGCUAACAUUUAAGCAAAAUAUCAAAAUUGUAGUGCAGGGAUGUCACCCACUUGUAAAUUCUAAGAAUGUAUCGUUUUUAUUUGACGCCGCGACAACUCUAGCAAUUAAUCGACAAGUUUUACCCCACGGUCGAUAUCUUCAAUGCUUUUUUCUCUGCUCAGCAGAUUUUCGUGUGCACUAAAAAUAAAAAAAAAAAUUAGAAAAACAAAUAGAUUAUACAAAGUAAAAAUAAAUUACUUGUUAAAGUGAACGUGUAUAUGCUUGAAUCAAAUAGUACAAUUAAUAGUUGUACAAAAGUGUUAUUAUAUAUCUGCAAUAUCCCAAUGAGCUAAAUAGUAUAAAUACACAUAUGAAAAAAUCGCUAACAGCGAUAGCAAUAACAAAAAGAGCAACAACAAUAAAAAGCAACGUAUAUGUAUGUGUGUGUGUGUGUGUUGUAAUUGAACGGAUAGCGACAGCAACACACGGUACCCAGAGAGAGAGAGAGAAAAAAAAAACAGUAUAUUCAAAUUAGAAUCGUGAGGCGACCACAACGACGACGACGACGACAUUCCAUAACUGCGCUGCGUAACCAACACUGAUUUACAACACUGACAAUGCAGCAGCAAACGGAUCAGGAUCAAUAGCCACAACCUGCAAUCCAAAUUCAAAUAACCAACAACAACGGUACGAGCCAGCGAGCGGCAAGGGAGGAGGAAUCACGCGCCACCAAUACGGAAAGACGAACAACAAAAAAAAAGAACAACAACGCGAUUACCAACACAGACAUCAUCAGAUAUACACACACACACACCCACACCCAUUGGCGACAGAGGAGGCGGUGUCGGUCUAGGAGUUGGAGUAGGAGUCGCGUCGGUGUUGGUGUUGGUGUCGGUAUCGUGGUUACCAUUGUGAAUAGCCAUGGUGAGUACGAAUCUGGUGGUGCCAGUGGUGCUGUGGGGACCCACAGCUCCGACGCACUGCAUCUCGAGCGUCUUUCUAUCGGAUGAUCAAUGCACACUGGUUACCGGCUGCUACGAUGGACAAAUCUGCCUGUGGCAAGUGGAGCCAAGCACAUUAAAGAUGUCGCCACGUUGCCUGCUCGUUGGACACUCGGCGCCAGUGUUGUGUCUGGUGCGUGCCUCGAUGCUUCCAGAGAACAAUUUCCUGGUUAGCUCAUCGGAAAAUGGUGAGAUGUGCACCUGGGAUCUGAUUGAUGGCAAAUGCACCGAGGCUGUUAAAUUGCCACAGGUGCAUACACAAAUCCAAAGCUAUCAUACGGCAAACAGUGAGGAUGUGCGUCUAUUUUGCAUCGGUUACUAUGCUGAGAUCAUGGUCAUGGAUCCAUUUAGUCUGGAGGUCAUUUAUGUGCUCAGCUCGAAGGUGAAACCGGACUGGAUAUCAGCCAUACAUGUGCUGCGUCCCAUGCGACGCAAAGAUGAUGUCGUCCUGGCCAUCACCACCACAGGCACCGUCAAAGUCUGGACACUGACGGGCAAUGAGAACAAGCAUGCGGAACCGAUCUAUGAGAAUGAAUCAAAGGAGAUUCGUUGCCUGAAUGCCAUUACCAUGAACUGUUGUGCCCAGAAUCAGCGUACAGUGUUGCUUGUCUGCACAAAAUAUUGGCAAAUCUAUGAUGCGGGCGACUUUACGGUGCUCUGUUCAGUGAUUGCUCCGGCACGUGAACGUUGGCAGGGCGGUGAUUUUAUCACCUCGGAUCGGGUUAUGCUCUGGACGGAUGAGGGCAAAGGUUAUCUAUAUAAAUUGCCAGCGAACUGUAUACCGGACAACAAGGAGUUCCAUUCAAAGAGCGUCGUACGCGAUGCACCCUAUCUAUAUUUUGUCCUGCAGCAUGCUGGCGACAAGGUUCUAUCCUGUCCACCAGCGAUGAAGCUACUAACUGGCAAUCAGACACACUUUCUGCUCCGUGGCGAUUCGGAGGGUUAUAUAUCGGUGUGGAAUGUACCGGAGGUGCCAUUGGACAAUAUAAGUAUACUGCAGGCAAAGCAAAUGCCACCGCGCAUCCAGAAGCCGCAUGUGUGCACCUCCCUGGUAGAGGCAUGGUCCAUUAUGGAUCCACCUCCUGUUGGCAUACUGGAUCAACUAUCAAGGAUUACCGAGUCACCAGUUAAGCUAACAUCAAGCAUUUAUUUGCCACAACAGAGUCGUUUGGUCAUUGGACGCGAGGAUGGCAGCAUUGUCAUUGUGCCGGCGACACAAACGGUCAUGAUGCAGUUGCUCGUUGGUAUUAAGCAGAACUUUAGUGAUUGGCCAUCGCAUCAGAUACUUUAUGGACAUCGUGGUCGCGUCAACUGUUUACUGUGUCCAUCCAUGGUGCAUCCACGCUACGAGAAAUCGCAUCUACUCUCGGGCGGCAUCGAUUUUGCCGUAUGCCUAUGGGAUCUGUACAGUGGGAGUCUGUUGCAUCGUUUCUGUGUGCAUGCCGGCGAAAUAACACAGCUCCUCGUUCCGCCCGAGAGCUGCAGUCCACGCAUACUCAAAUGCAUUUGCUCGGUAGCCUCGGAUCAUUCGGUGACGCUCGUAAGUCUCCAGGAGCGUAAAUGUGUUACGCUCGCAAGUCGACAUCUAUUUCCGGUGGUGACCAUCAAAUGGCGGCCACUCGAUGAUUUCCUCAUUGUUGGUUGCUCCGAUGGCAGCGUAUAUGUGUGGCAAAUGGAGACGGGUCAUCUGGAUCGUGUGCUCCAUGGCAUGCUCGCCGAGGAAGUUCUCUCCGCCUGCGAUGAGCAGACUCUGGAGGACGGCGGUGGCUCCGGUGGAUCGUCCAGUGGGGCUGCCAAUUCAGCCAGUGAGAUGGGCAUGGCCAAUCCGGCGGUGCACUUCUUCCGCGGCCUCAAGUCGCGUAAUAUGAAUGCCAUACGACAUGCUACACAACGUGGCAUCCAUCAGUUGCAGCAACUGCAGGGCCACAAUCAAGGAAACUUUGAUUUUCUGAUGAAACAUCGCAGCAAUCCGUUGGUGAUUCAGGGAUUACGUACCAAUCCCAAGGAUGCCGAGAGUCACAUACUCUUCUUCGAUAUAGAGGGUUUAAUAUUUGAGCUGCACAGCGAAGAAUAUGCGCAGAUGACACCGGCUACGCUGGAAGCUCUAGGUGUGCACCUCCAGCAUCCCAAGGAUGGCAAAUCGAUGCACAUUGAUGCGAGCAAAAAGAUUGGCGACUUCUUCAACAAGGUGAAGAACAAGGCCGUUGACGUUGAGAAGAUCCUCAAGGAUAAGGACAAGCACGGAUUCGUCCAGAAGAUCAAGGAGAAGACUGAAAUUGUCGAAAAGAAUUUUAAAGCCAAGGUGGAGAGCCUGCAGAAGGCUGUCGAACUGCAAGACGAUCAGCCGCAGGAUCUAAAGACUAAAAUUGCAUCCAAAAUGGAAGUAACCCAUGUCAUGGAGGUGGCACAACUGUUACUAUCGCUCUUACACUCCUGGGGCUUGGAUCCGCAUUUGGACAAGGUGUGCGAAUCGCAGCUUGGUUUGCUACGUCCCAUAGUGCCCAUCUCAUAUGGUGUGCUCUCCAAGGCCGGUUACAUGUCGCUCCUGUUGCCCACGUGGCAGAAUAACUAUGCAAUACCGCCGGGUCUACUCCAACUUCCCUCCAGCUCCAAGAAACGACCGUUGCCAGAGGAGCUGCGUCGCUUGGAGCAUCUGACAGCGAUCUUUACAUCACGUCUGCAUUGGGAGCUGAGCACAACGCUGACAUCAAAUCAUAUACUAGCCUUGGUGGCCAUGUCCAACACAUUGAUGUCGAUGAGCGCCGCUUCAUUUCUACCUGACAGCGAGAAGCACAAGAAGCUGCAGCGCUUGGCCCAACGUGCCGAAUCCACGCUGAGCAAUGAGGAGGAGCGCGAGGAGCUACUCGCCCAUCACACGUCACAGAUCAAACAGGGCUGGAGUUUGUUAUCCACACAUCACUGUUUCCUAUUGCCCGAUAAGAUCGAGGCACUGGAGCCAAAGAAAUUCAAGCGUCCCCAAGUGGAGAUGAUGGUCAAACGUUGGCAGCAUCACUGCAUUGAGAUACGCGAAGCAGCCCAACAGAUUCUGCUUGGCGAACUCACACGGAUGGGCAAGAAGGGACGCAAACAGCUUGUGGAAAGCUGGGCACAGUAUUUGCCUCUCUAUACGCACACGGAACCCAUUGUGGGUGCACAACAGGUGGCGGCAUUGAUAAACAGUCAAGCUGGUGGUGCUGGUGGCUCUGGUGGUGGUGGCGGAUCUGGGCCUGGUGGUGGUGGUGGCUCUGGCUCCAAUUCAAUGAUGGGCAAUGGCAACAAUUCGAUGGCGGGUGGACAGUCGAUGUCAGGUGGUGGCAUUGGUGGCACUGGAGUUGGCGGCAAUGCUGGCGAUCAACAUCAGGAUGAGGACUAUGAAGAGGAAGAGGAGGAGAUAAUACGAAAGCCGUCCAGUCUGUCGGAACUUAAGCGGAAACAGACAACCGCUGUCAUUCUGCUGGGCGUCAUUGGUGCUGAAUUUGGUCAGGAUAUUUCACAGGAGUCACCGAAUCAUCGGGGCAGCAUCAGCAUGGGUCCAGUGGCGGCGGCAACGACAGAACGACGCAAAUCAUCGGUAGUGGAGGGUUUCGGCAUUGCCAACAAUCUGGCACGUCUCACAUCCAUGGCGCUGGCCCAUCUAUUGUAUGCACCGCCGUCCCCCAAGUUGCCACAGUAUACACCAUUGCGACGGGCGGCAAUCGAUUUGUUGGGUCGUGGAUUUACCGUAUGGGAACCGUAUUUGGAUGUGUCCAAAGUGCUGCUGGGUCUAUUGGAGAUCUCGUGCGAGGGCAAGGCGGUGCCCAAUUUGAACUACAAGCUGCCGUUAACACCACAAGCGGAUGCCUGUCGAACGGCCCGUCAUGCAUUGCGUCUGAUAGCGACAGCACGUCCAGCGGCCUUCAUCACGACCAUGGCCCGGGAGGUGGCACGCUAUAAUACAAUGCAACAGAAUGCACAAUCGAUCAAUACACCGCUGACCCAAUCGGUGCUAUACAAGGCCAAGAGCGAGAUACUCCAAUGCGUCGAAAUGUUGAUCGAUAAGAUGCAAUCGGAGAUUGCUGGUCUACUUGUUGAGGUUAUGGAUAUUGCCCUACACUGUGUGGAUAGCAAUGAGUUGAAGAGUCGCGGUCUCGCUGAAUUGUGCCCAGCCAUAUGUAAAUUCAAUCAAAUCUCGCAUUGCGCCCAGACGCGUCGCAUUGCGGUUGGAGCGAAUAGCGGCAAUCUGGCCAUCUAUGAGCUAAGGCAAAACAAAUGCCAGAUGAUACCCGCCCACACGCAUCCGAUUACCUCGUUGGCCUUCUCGCCGGAUGGCAAAUAUCUAGUUUCCUAUUCGUGUGCCGAGAAUCGUUUGUCCUUCUGGCAGACGAGCACUGGCAUGUUCGGUUUGGGUCAAUCGCAGACACGUUGCACCAAGGGAUAUUCGACAGCUCCCAUACCGGAUGUAUCGCGUCUGAAUCCGAUGCGACUGGCAAAGCUUGUUUGGAUCAAUAAUCGCACCGUAACACUCAUGCUAGCCGAUGGUUCCGAGACGCGUUUCAAUGUCUAAAAUGAAUGAGAGGUAGCGCAUUCUUCGACUAUCGAUAAUCGAUGAUCGAUUCAACAUGAUCGAUACCCAAUCCGAUUCACAUUCAGAUCCAGAUUCGCAGUCAACGACGCGUCGUAAGGCCACAAACUGAGCAGCUGAGCUGCAUACUAUUUAUUUAGGCAAUCAACAACGCGGACUUAAAAAGCGAGCGACCAGAUAGAUCAUCAACUAAACAAUAAAUAAUUGGAAUGUUUUAAAUAAAUUCGCUCAUUUAAUUUACGAUUGUGACAACUCCAAAUUUGAUAUAUGCUUUAGAUCCUUUUCUAUAUACAAAUGUGUACAAAUUUCACAUUCACAUGAGAAUUGAAAGAUUUAUUUUUAAAUAAAUUGAAAACUUCACACAAGUUUUCUGUGAAAUUGAGUCUUUCUGAGUUAUGACAGUUAUGAAAUAAAUGGGCGAAAUGUUUAGCAAACUAACGAAGGCAGAAGGCGCAAAAAACAAUAUAAAAACUAAGAAAAAAAAAACAAAAACAAGAAAUAUUAAACAAAAAAAAGCGAAAAAAAAUAUCUGUUAUUUAUUAUGUAUAAUAUCUAUUUGUAUUUGUAUUUGUAUAUGUAUUUUAAUUGUAUUUGUUCGAUUUUAAAAAGUUUUCUUAAGGCGAAACUUGUUUCUAAAACUGGAGCAACGUUGCCCAAUUUGUUCCAAAUUUCGUAUCCGAAACAGCUUUUCACAAUACACUCUAUGGAGAUGGAUCUCCAAAUCUCCCCUAAGCACAAUAAAAAUUACUUUGGAGCUAUUUUUUUUGUUUUUAAUCAUAAUUUACUUUUGUUUUUUGUUUUUUUUAAAUUGUGAAUAUGUUUCGGUUAGGGAAUUCCGCAAGUCGCUGUUUAUUAUUUAUGUAAUGAGUAUUUUGUAUUCUGUAGCUUAAGGAUUAGCAUCUAUAUGGGUGAAGCCCGCAAAUUAAUGCUUUUUGGUUUGUUGUUAUUGAAAUACGAGUAAAUACAAUCGAAACUAUUUAAAAUUAAACAAUUAAAUCAAUUAAUCGCGUUCAAGCACAUUUGUUUAUACGAAAUGGAAUUGAAAUGAGACAAAAGAUGGAAAAUGAAAAACAAAAACAAAGAAUUAAUGCUGUUAUUACUACAUAUGCUAUUAUUAUUAUUACUAUAAACUAUUAUAAUUAUAAUUAUUAUUGAUAUUGAUAUUUGUUAUGCCUAUUGUAUUGUUAUCUAUCUACAAAACUACUAAAAGAAAAAAGUUAAACAAAUAUAUGUAUUGCGCAAUGUUGCUAUUACAAGAAAACAACAAACGAGAAAGAUUAAAAAAAAACGAAAUAUAAAAAUAGUAUUUUUUAUGCUUUCAUUUUCAUACGAGUUUAUUGCGUACAGUUAGAAAAUAAAAUCUUAUUAUUUUUUUUCUUGUUUAUUUGCAAAUUACGAACUAAUGUUAAACAUUAAAACUAAAACGUAUUAAAAACGUCAACUACUUAAAUAAAAAUUAUAUGAAAAAGUUUAGCAAGAUUAUUAUACACACACACACACACACGCAUAGUUACACCCACCACGGUCUUAUAUGUAGAGUGUGUACUUUACCUGUAUUUAUAUAUGUAUGUAUGUAUAGAUAUUAAAUUAUGCGCGGAGAUAAACUAAAUAGACACCUAUACACACAGAAAAAAAUACACAUAUAUACUAUUGUACUAUUAUAUAACAAGUGAAUAAACUGUAUUUGUGCUUAAUUUGAAUUACGAAUAUGUAUUUGGAUGUAUGUAUAUUCGAGGUCCUUCAAUCAAAGUAUUACACAAAAAAAAAUAACGAGAAAAACAUCAUAUUUAAAUAUAUAUAUAUAUAUAUACAUGCAACAAAUAAAGUCAACCAAACAUGA